AUGGAAGCAAGAACAACCGAUGCAAUUAAUCACCAAAUGCGACAUCUUAGCAUUGCUAAAGAGAUGGGGGACAGGGCUGGAGAAGGACGUGCCUACGGCAAUCUUGGAAUUGCUUAUCAAAGAAUUGGUGAUUUCAAACAAGCCAUAGAAAUAAUUGAGAGAGAUGGUGCAAGGCUUGUUAUUGAUGAAGUUUCACUGGAAUAUUUAAAAGGCUCAACAGUCGAUUACCAUGAAGAACUGAUUCGCUCAGCUUUCAGAGUCUCUCUCAACCCUAAUGCAGAGAAGGGCUGUUCUUGUGGUUCAUCAUUCAACUUUAAACUUUAA